AUGUUAACAGUAAUAACAAAACAAAUAGUACCAUCAUUCAUUUUUCAAUCAUUAGGAAAAAGUCAAACGAAUCUAAUUCAUAGGAUUUUAUGGAUACGAUCAGCUUCAAAAAUACCAUCGGGUAUUGUAGGAAAAUAUAAACGUGUAUUACCUACACACAUGUAUAAACCAAGACCAAGAUGGGAAACGGACCCUUAUCCAAACUUUGAUUUAAGCAAAAUUUUACGACCUGGUUUUGAAAAUUCUCAAGAAUUAAAAACUGCUGAUGAUGCUGUUAAACGUGUAUUUACUCUUGAAUAUGCUACUCGAGCUGAGAUUCAACAAUAUUAUUCAGAUUAUUUAGUAAAAGCUGUUCAACGUCAUCCUUUGGAUCAAUCAUCAUAUGAAGUUCUCAUUGCUAAGCUGACUGCUCGUAUUCGAAUGCAUAUUAAAUAUGGGGAUAUUGAUCCACGGCGAAUCAGUCGUCGAAACGUUGUCAGUAAACUUCAAAUGGUGCGUAACUUUUUACUUAAUAAAUUAAUGGAUGCUGAUUAUGAUGUAUAUGAAUGGAUUAAAAAAGUUUUACGAAUUGAACAUGCAUCAGAAAAUCCAUUUAUAGCACAAGUUGAUCAUGAUGAUCGAGAAUUAGAACGUAUGCGAUUACAACAACAAGCACAUGAUGCUGUUCAAGUUAAAAAAAAUGAAUUAAAAUUACGUUUUGCUGCUGAAAAAGAAAAAUUUGUCAUAGAAAAAGAAUCUUUAUUAACUGAAAUUCAACAUGAUUUGAAAGAUUUACAUCUCCAAAUUGCUAAACAUAAUGAAAUUCGUCGACAACGAACAAGAACUAUUGUUGAAUAA